CACUCUUCUCUCCACACAAAUUCACAUUUCUUCACUUCUCUCUUCUAGAUCUCACCGGUUUAUCUAGCUCCGGUUAUGGGGAAAGAAUGAAGAGUUACCGGUUUAGUGAUUGUGUACUCAUGUCAGUUUCAUCCUCCGAUUGCUCUAACGAUAUGGAUUUGUUAUGUGGAGAAGAUUCCGGUGUGUUUUCCGGUGAAUCAACGGUUGAUUUCUCGUCUUCCGAGGUUGAUUCAUGGCCUGAUGAUUCAAUAGCUUGUUUUAUCGAAGACGAGCGUCACUUUGUUCCUGGACAUGAUUAUCUCUCUAGAUUCCAAACUCAAUCUCUCGAUGCUUCCGCUAGAGAAGAAUCCGUCGCAUGGAUUCUCAAGGUACAAGAGUAUUAUAACUUUCAGCCUUUAACGGCGUACCUCGCCGUUAACUAUAUGGACCGGUUUCUUUACGCUCGUCGAUUACCGGAAACGAGUGGUUGGCCAAUGCAACUUUUAGCAGUGGCAUGCUUGUCUUUAGCUGCAAAGAUGGAGGAAAUUCUCGUUCCUUCUCUUUUCGAUUUUCAGGUUGCAGGAGUGAAGUAUUUAUUUGAAGCAAAAACGAUAAAGAGAAUGGAACUUCUUGUUCUGAGUGUGUUAGAUUGGAGACUAAGAUCCGUUACACCGUUCGAUUUCCUUAGCUUCUUUGCUUACAAGAUCGAUCCUUCGGGAACCUUUCUAGGGUUCUUUAUCUCCCAUGCUACAGAGAUUAUACUCUCCAACAUAAAGGAAGCGAGCUUUCUUGAGUACUGGCCAUCGAGUAUAGCUGCAGCUGCGAUUCUCUGUGUUGCCAAUGAGCUCCCUUCUCUAUCCUCUGUUGUAAAUCCCCACGAGAGCCCCGAGACUUGGUGUGACGGAUUGAGCAAAGAGAAGAUAGUGAGAUGCUAUAGACUGAUGAAAGCGAUGGCGAUAGAGAAUAACCGGUUAAAUACACCAAAAGUGAUAGCAAAGCUUCGAGUAAGCGUAAGGGCAGCAUCAACGUUAACAAGGCCAAGUGAUGAAUCCUCUUUCUCAUCCUCUUCUCCUUGCAAAAGGAGAAAACUAAGUGGCUAUUCAUGGGUAGGUGAUGAAAAAUCUACCUCUAGUUAAAAUAUGGGGACUACCAAAGAAACAAAACCUAGAAAG